UGCGAACCUGACACCUGCCCAGCGCUGACGGGCCCCGCCAUACGCCGACUCAAAGACAAUCGACACUGCCACUUGCGCUCAACACACUUCUCCCUUCCUUUCUUCGAGAACCACUGCGAAUCGGAUACACGCAAUCCUGAACCGAACGCCUCUUUGUCCUCCACUCCACGAGCUAAACCUCCACCCAAUACCUAGUCACGAUGCCUGGUGUUGUCGACGAACCCGCAGAUUCUCCCGGUCGGCUGCUGCUGAUCUCCAACCGACUGCCCAUCACCAUCAAGCGCUCGGACGAUGGCCAAUACACAUUUUCCAUGUCUUCGGGCGGUCUCGUCACGGGCCUGAGCGGCUUGUCCAAGACAACGAGCUUCCAAUGGUAUGGGUGGCCGGGCCUCGAAGUUCCCGAAGUGGAGGCUGGACCUAUGGUACAGCGAUUGAAGGACGAAUACAAUGCAGUCCCCGUCUUCGUGGACGACGAGCUGGCCGAUCGCCAUUACAAUGGCUUUGCAAACUCGAUCCUAUGGCCUCUUUUCCACUACCACCCCGGUGAGAUCACGUUCGACGAGUCCGCCUGGGCUGCCUACCGUGAGGUCAACCGGCUGUUCGCCAAGACUGUCGCCAAGGACGUACAGGAUGGCGAUCUGGUCUGGGUACACGACUACCACCUGAUGCUGCUCCCCGAAAUGUUGCGCGAGGAGAUUGGAAACACCAAGAAGAACGUCAAGAUUGGCUUCUUCUUACACACGCCCUUCCCCAGCAGCGAGAUCUACCGUAUCCUUCCAGUCAGAGAGUCCCUUCUGCUCGGUGUUUUGGAUUGCGACCUCAUUGGGUUCCAUACCUAUGACUACGCGAGACAUUUCCUGAGCAGCUGUUCGAGAAUACUUUCCACGCCGACAACUCCUAACGGCGUUGACUUUAAUGGAAAGUUUGUUACGGUCGGCGCUUUUCCCAUUGGAAUCGACCCGGAAAAGUUUGUUGAGGGGCUACAGAAGCCCAGUGUCCUAGCGCGUAUCUCUGCCCUGAAGCGCAAGUUUGAGGGUGUCAAGCUGAUCGUGGGUGUUGAUCGGCUUGAUUACAUCAAAGGUGUGCCACAGAAGCUGCACGCUCUGGAAGUGUUUCUCACGGAGCACCCCGAGUGGAUCGGGAAAAUCGUUCUAGUUCAGGUUGCUGUGCCUAGCCGACAGGACGUGGAGGAGUAUCAGAACCUCAGGGCAGUCGUCAACGAACUGGUUGGUCGCAUUAACGGCAGGUUUGGCACGAUCGAGUUCAUGCCGAUCCACUUCCUGCACCAGUCGGUUUCGUUUGAAGAGCUCACAGCGCUUUAUGCCGUCAGCGACGUCUGUCUCGUCAGCUCCACCCGCGACGGCAUGAACCUUGUAUCUUACGAAUACAUCGCUACACAGCGCGAGCGCCACGGAGUCAUGAUACUCUCCGAGUUCACAGGCGCGGCGCAGAGCUUGAAUGGAAGCCUUAUCGUCAACCCGUGGAACACAGAGGAGCUGGCAAACGCGAUUCACGAUGCCGUCACCAUGAGUGCCGAGCAGCGCGAGGCUAACUUCCGCAAGUUGGAGCGUUAUGUGUUUAAGUACACGAGCUCAUGGUGGGGUCAGAGCUUCGUGACCGAGUUGACGCGUAUUAGUGCCGUCGAGGAGGAGCCCGAGGUCUCAACCAAGCUCACUAUUGGGAGCGCCAAGGAUGCCGUGGUAAGCGCUGCGAAUAAAGCAGUGAAGGGAGUUUCAGAUGCUGUCUCAGGUGGCUCGAGCUCGAAGGAGUGAACGAGGCGGGCGUGAGUUAAAGAUCCAGAGUUGUCUAGAUGUUUGGGACCUCCCUCGUUCUUUAUUUCUGCAUGCCAUACUCCAGGUGUUGCUGGAUUUAUCCAAACCAGAGCCGGUACUGAGGUUG